CUCGAGGAGCCAAGAUGACAUCUUGGAACAUGAAGCCACAUUACAUGCCUUGUUCACCUUAAUGAGCUAGAUGCCACUGAGAAUCCAGAUUGGCCUGGAAAUUUUGCUAAUGAGGUAACUUUUUGGUUAUACUUUCUUACUAUGCAAUUUAGGGCGAAUUCGAGGCCAUCCAGUUCUCUUCUCAAUCUGAAAGGCCCCAUCUUCGUCCUACUCCAUCAAGAAGUAAUACAUCUAUUGGGAUUCAUUAUGAUGGAGCGUUCAUAUAAAAGACUUCCAACUGGCGGGAUUAUGGUAUUAUCAACAACCAUAGACACCCAUCUUGAUCGUACUCUACCAAAAAGUAUAUGAUGGGCGUGCUGAGAAUAUCCAUUGUUCCACUCUAAUUGAAGCCGAAGCAAAAACUUUCUUGAGAGUGUUCAAAUUAGCUCAAGAAUAUGGCUCCCCUUGAGUUAUUCGAUAAGAUUUUCAGUUUCUUGUUCGCUCUCUUGAGAUUCAUCCAUCCGUGUGACCAUGGAGUCGUGUCACUUGGAUUGGUUUGAUGAUCCCUACCAUAUGCAUGCACCAAAUAAAGGUUUUCAGGUUCUUUGAGAUCGAUCCAUCCUUGUGCCAUUGCACAGUGAGGCUUGGAUUGGGUUGAUGAUACCUAUCCUAUGCAUGAUGCCUCAAAUCAAGGUUGAAGUUGUGAUCUCUCAUUAAUCAAGCAAAUUGGGUGCUAGAUCAUUAGCUAGAUCUAAUCUCCAGAAUAACACCCCGAUCCUAUAUUUUUGAUGCCAACGAAUGAGAAUUAUUAUUAUUUACCUCAUUUCUAUAUUUUUUUGAAGUUAUCGUUCUUGUAAGUUUUAACCUUACUUUUCAAAAUUUGGAAAAGGCCAUUUAUGUGUUAAAAAACAAAAUGUAUGAUCGCACCCCACUAGUGUUGGUACGAUCGCACCCGUUUAAAAAAAACAACAACAAAUGGGUCGUUUGGAAGUUGCGAUUGUUUUGUUGAGAUUGUCAUUAUGCAUGUAUUGUUUACAAUGUAUCGUUUUUUGUUUUUUAGCAGAAACAAUACAUGAAUUGUUUUUGUGAUGUGACAGAAACUAUCACUCAUUUUGAGUGAUUGUUAUAUCUCAACUUUUAGUUGUGAUUGUUGAGAUAGUUGAGUUGAGAUUGUUUUGUCUCAGCUUUUAGCUGAUGCGACAUACACAAUCACACAUACCAAACGUUGUAUUCUACAAUGCAUCAAAUUUGACAAUACAUGUAUAAUAUUAUACAUACAUUCUCAACAAUACAUCUAUUUAACAAUCACAACUUCCAAACGACCAAAAUGUAACAAAUUAGAAGACUGCAAAAAGGAACGUCAAAGUCAUGGGCCGAAGCUCAACCCAUGUGAGUGUCUGUCUUUCAGUUCCAAGCCCAAUCUAGCCAGGUUCCCUUUAAAGGCCCAUCAAGUUGUACGGUAGCUCCCCAGUCCAAUAUGAUUCCCACAAACUAACCGCCUUUUUUCUGCUACUCUCUGUCUCUGUCUGGAAUAGCUCUGUGCUCUGGCUCUCAGUGUUGGUGUGUUACGACCUGUAAUUUUCAGUGUUGCUGAAUUCGCGGAAGAAGCGAAGGAAUUUCUUCGACGACGCAACUCGUAGCAAGCAAAAGUUCCCCCAAUCUUUCUUGCAAUUCCCAAUUUGCAAAAGCAGUCGAAGCUUUUCCUGUGGGGGGCAAUGAGGGGUAUUGAUCCCUUGCCGCUUCCACUCCGCAGUUCAAUCCGCUCUGGUGUUAUAGUGUUCGACUUGACAAGAAUUGUGGAGGAACUCAUUUUCAAUAGCUUGGAUGCCGCCGCGACUAAGGUUACUGUGUUUCUUGAUGUGGGGUCUUGCUAUGUUAAGGUGGUGGACAAUGGUUCUGGCAUCUCUAGGGAUGGAUUGGUCAUGUUGGGAGAAAGAUAUGUGACAUCAAAGCUUCCUAGUGAUGAGACAUUUGGCUUCAGAGGGGAAACAUUGGCUUCCAUCUCUGAUGUCUCGUUGCUGGAAAUUGUAACAAGAACCCGUGGAAGGCCUAAUGGCUACCGGAAGGUCUUAAAGGGAUCAGAGUGCUUAUAUCUUGGAAUUGAUGAUAAUAGGAAAGAUGUUGGCACAACAGUUACUGUUCGGGAUUUGUUCUACAACCAGCCCGUUCGGAGGAAUUUUAUCCAAUCCAGUCCCCAGAAGGUCUUGCAGUCUGUUAAGAAAUGUGUCCUUCGAGUUGCCCUUGUCCACUCAAAGGUCUCCUUUAAAGUCAUCGACAUUGAUAGUGAGAAAGAGCUUCUUUCCGUUCAGCCUUCUUCUGCCAUGUCAAUUUUGAUGAGUGACCAUGGGAUUGAUGAAUUCAGCUCUCUCCACAAGGUCAAUCAUACUGAUGGCUUCUUGAGUCUCUCUGGCUACAUGACUGGUCCAUCCGAUAAAUUUUCUGCAAAGGCCUUUCAAUAUGUUUAUAUCAACUCACGCUUCGUCUUCAGAGGUCCAAUCCACAAGCUGCUUAAUCACUUGGUCAUGACGUUUGAGAGUCUGGAACAACAGAGUGAUUAUGUGUCUCAAAAGGGAAAGAGAAGCCGGUCUCAAGCAUCCAUGGCCUACAUUGUGAACUUAAGUUGUCCUUCUGACCUAUAUGAUCUAACUUUUGAGACGUCAGAGACUUAUGUUGAAUUCAAGGAUUGGGGUCCAAUUCUUACCUUUAUUCAAAAUGCCAUUCAACAAGUCUGGAGCAGGAUUACUAACGGAGAAUCCUCUUGUCAUGGAGUAGACCUUCUUGAUAACAGUGAAUAUUGGAAGGGAAAGGAUGGUAUCUCAUUUGGAAAUGAAGACUCAACAGAGAACUCGGUUGUUGCAAUUGAUAAGUUUCAAAGACAGCAGUAUGAUCUUGAUUAUUCUCCCCUUCCAAACCGGAAGAAGCAUCUUGGUGGAACUUUUAAGAAGGAUUAUGAUAAAGCUACAUGUCUAGAAUUUGAAAUGGAUGCUUCUCAGUUCAACGAGCAACAAUCGGAAAUGGGGUUUGACUUUCCUGCAUCUCUCAGCAGUAUUGAAUUCCCAAAUGACGAUCUUGAAUAUAGAUAUAACACUAGACGGAAGCACAGUGGGAACAUGGGGGGAAGCCAUUUAAGUUCAGAUUGGAAGAAUGAGUCCCCUAAAAUUGAGUCUGCUAAGAUGGAAUUAUCUUCAGAUCAUGAAGAGUGGAUAAAACAACUAGAGGUUAGUCAAAGUGGAUACGGCUGCAGGGAUCAUGAAGCGACAUUUCAAGAAUUUGAGGUGCAUGCUUCUGUAUUCAAAGGGCAGCAAGUUGAAAGGAGAGCUGUGUGCCAACGAGGCUUCUCAAUGGAACCCAUGGUGGAUGUCCCUGAUUGUGAAAAAAUACCUAAUGCCGGCCAAGAGUAUGCCACCAAAAUUUUUGUAUCUAAUCAUAAUUCCGAGUUUUCUGAUGACAGGCUUACCAGUGGAAAAAAUUGCAGUGAUUACAUGGAGGGAAAUCCUUUCACAUACUGGCAGAAUGAGUCCCUCAAAAAUGAGUCAGCUAAGAUUGCAUUAUCUUCAGAUCAUGAGGUGUGGAGUAAAAAGCUAGAGGGUAAUGAAAGUGGAAAAGACCACUUCUUGCAUGGUUGCUCAUCAAUGAGAAGCUUUUCAUGCAGCAAGGGUGUGCUAAAUAGUGAGGAGGAACCUGAAUUUUCACUUGGUGAACCCCAGUUCCAAAGAAGGCGACUUUGCUCUGACGAAAACAUGGGUGUACUAGAAGUUGAGAGUAGUAAUCAGAGGGGUGAUAUCUUUCUAGGGAAUGGAGGCCAGUCGUCUGUUGAAAGCGGAAAAGACCACCUAUUGCAUGGUUGCUCAUCACUGAGAAGUCUGUCAUGCAGCAAGGGUUUCCUAAAUAGUGGGGAAGAACCUGAAUUUCCACUUGGCGAACCCCGGUUUAAAAGAAAGCAACUUUGCUCUGAUGAAAACAUUGGUGUACUAAAAGUUGAGAGGAGUAACCAGGGGGGUGAUAUCUUUUUAGGGCAGGAAGUGCAGUCAUUCGCUGAUAGUGGGGAAGGCCACUUCUUGCACGGUUGCUCAUCACUGAGAAGCCUGUCAUGUAGCAAGGAUUUUUUAAUUCGCGAGGAAGAACUUGAAUUUCCACUUGCUGAACCCCAAUUCAAAAGCAGGCGACUUUGCGCUGAUGAAAACGUAGGUGAACUAAAAGUUGAGAGUAGGAAACAGAAGGAUAAUAUCCUUGUACGGCAGGGAGAGCAGGCUUUUGCUGAAAGCAUAGGACUUCAUUCUGAUUUUAUCUUGCAUAACAGAGGUUUGCCGACACCGGAUAAAUGGUUUAGAUCCAACUCUGAUUCAGAAACUUCAGAUGCUUUUCUUCAGCCCAGUUGGAAUGUUGAGAGCUUCCCCCGUGAUAUUAAAGAUGAAGUGGGUGUGAAGUGUAGGAAUGUGUCAAGAGAUAAGGGGGGAUGGUUACAGUUUGACUUGCACUCUGAAGGUCAACCUAGCAAUGACAAGUAUGAAGUUGAACGGGAUAUAACAGAUGAAGUGGGUGUUAGGUGUGGCACAGUCAAAGACACAAGGUUGUUAUCCUCACAGCAGAAUCACGUGUCAAGAGAUAAGGCUAGCUGUUUACAGUUUGACUUGCAUUCUGAAGGUCAAACUAGAAAUGGCAAGUGUGAAGAUGAACUGGAUAUAACAGAUGAAGUGGGUGUAAGGUGUGAGAGAGACAAAGACACAAGGUUGUUAUCCUUACAGCGGAAUCACCUGUCAAGAGAUAGGGCUGGCUGGUUACAGUUUGACUUGCAUUCUGAAGGUCAAAAUAGCCAUGACAAGUACAACGAUGAACGGGAGAAACUAGGAUACCAAGGUGGGAAGAAUGAUCUUCAGGGACAUCACUGCAGUAGAAGUUGCUCUCCCCCUCCAUCUGUAAAGCACAAGAGGAAGUGUGUUCCCUUGAAUAGUUCAUUCGCAGCAGGAAGGAAACCUCGUACUGAAUUGGCGUAUAUUGAUGGGAGAAACGGAAUUAUGGAUUUUGCGCCAAAUAGUGGCGAGGAACUUAUUUCAACCACCAGACCAGAAAUGAAGUACAGAAAAAGUGCUGUGCCAGAUGUGGAGGAGGUUCUAGAAGGGAAACAGGUUGAACAUGGGUGCCUGGGGGUGCAUAAUUCUCCAGGCUUUAUGACAAAUGGAAGCAGAAAGUUGGAAGAUUUUGUCACCAAAUGGAGGAACUCCUCUAAAGAGAAAAAUAUGAAAACAGGAUGUGAUGGUGGCAGUCACCAUAGUAGCAUACUUGACAUAUCUUCAGGGUUCUUCAGUUUGGCUGGUAGAGAACUGAUUCCAGAAUCUCUACAGAAGAAUUGCCUCAGGAAGGCUAAGGUUCUUCAUCAAUUGGACAAGAAAUUUAUUCCAGUGGUUGCUGGUGGAACUCUCUGUGUUAUAGACCAGCAUGCAGCAGAUGAAAGGAUCCGGCUGGAGGAACUUCGAGACAAGGUGUUAUCUGGAAAGGCUAGGACAAUAUCAUAUCUCGAUCACGAAGAAGAGCUGAUUCUUCCUGAGUUUGGAUAUCAGCUUCUUCUUGAUUAUGCUGGUCAAGUAAGAGAAUGGGGUUGGAUUUGCAACAUGCAAGCUCAAGGUUCAGGGAUGUUCAACAAGAACUUGAAUGUCCUCCACCAACAUACGGCAGUAGUGACCCUAAUUGCGGUACCCUGCAUUUUAGGAACUAAUUUGUCUGGUGGAGAUCUCCUGGAAUUUCUUCAGCAGCUUGCUGACACGGAUGGGGCUUCAACAAUACCACCAUGCGUUGGUAGAGUCUUGAAUUCAAAAGCAUGCAGAGGUGCAAUUAUGUUUGGCGAUUCUUUGCUGCAAUCGGAAUGUGCGCUAAUCGUGGAAGAACUAGAGAAGACUCGUCUCUGUUUUCAAUGUGCUCAUGGGCGACCCACAACCGCACCUCUGGUGAACUUGGCAGCAUUGCAUGGUGAGAUCACCAAGGUAUUAGCUUUGACGAAGAAAAACGACACAUUUAUUUUACAACGUCAGGAGCUCAACAUCAGUCGUGCAACCCAGCGGUUAGCUGCUGGCAGAGGAGCUGCUUAAGAUGUGCAUCCAAAACAAGUAGAUAAAGUGUCGUGUAGGACUACGAUUUUCCAUUUAAUCGAUUCUUUGAGUUGUUUUCUGAUGUAUAUGUUCAUCUCAUGAAAUCAAAAUGCCAACAGGAG